CCUAGAAAAAUCAUGGCGCGUUGGAUUUUUACCUGCAGCUUGUUCGUGGCUUUGAUCGGCGUAUUCACCAGUGCAGUAAAUGGAAUAGUCAUAGAGAUCACGGGGCCAGAUCAGCCUAAGUUGCAGGGUGAAGAAAUAAGAGUAACGUGCGUUGCCUCAGAUGGCUUCGACAGUAACGCCUACUUUGUUAGGUUCUUCAAGAAGGUCGACGGCAAGGCUGUUGAGAUUUCGACCAAUCAUGUUGUGAAGGAAGAAUUCGGCGCCACUGGACGUUAUAAAACAGAAUUUUCCCAAUCUGCUGAUGUAGGGACCGUGAUUCUAACUAUACAAGAUGCUCAGAACGGAGAUGAUGGGGAGAUAGGAUGUCAGGCCCUACCUGGACCAAAGGAAGAUGUACCAACAUACACCAAUGUAAAGCUUAAUGUUCCGGUGAAUAUUAUUUUGAAACAAUAUGCCCCCGAUGCUGAUAAAUAUCGACCAGUAGAUGGCGACACUAUUGUGUUAAAAGAGAAUGUCAAAGGUGGAUUUGCAUGUGUUGCGAAAGAUAGUAACAGUCGUGCUGAAGUGCGUGCUUUCAUUGGAGAUAAAGAUGUCACUGAUGAGAUGAAACAUCACCUACAUCACGACCCAGAACAGGUGAAACUUGGAGCCCUUAUUCAGACCACUUAUAAAUCAGAGCUUAAGAUGCAAAAAAGCGACUGGGAUACGACGCUAAAUGGUGACGUCAUCCGCUGUGAGGCUAAAGUACCUGGAUACGAAACAGUCUCGGCUCAAGCUGUUGUAGAAAUGCAAUAUGCCCCUAGAUUCACCUGCAAGAAAGAGCAGUCUGCCAAACUUGGCAGCAAUUUUGAGUUGAUGUGUGAAGUAGACAUGAAACCAGCAGCCGCUGUCUUUGCCAAAUGGUAUUGGGGGCCUCCCGACAACAGAACAGAAGUUGCAUUCACAGACUCUACUGGUAGAUUUACAGCUAAUGUAGGAGAGGCUGAUGGAACAAAAACACCCUUUGGUCUAUCAAUCUCAAACGUCUCACCUGAAGAUGUCAACGUCAUGUACCAUUUAGAGGUUUCUAAUGGCGUUGCCAUAGAAUCCCAGGAAAUCAUGUUACUACAGGAUAAAAGCGUCGAGCCUAAGCCAGAGCCAACAGAAGACCCUGAGGUUAAAGAAGAAAAGCCGAAAGCUGACGAAACAAAAGCAGCAUCAUCUCAAGUUGCAGCCUCACUUACAUUUGUCAUCGCCAUGGUUGCAGCCUCCAUCUUGAAUCAUUAGAACUUGCCAUAUAAGGACAUGGAGACCAUAUUUGGAGAAAGUGCCAAGCACCUACGAAUGUCAUAUGACCUGUUCACUUUGUUAAAAAUUCAUUGGAUUGUACACUUUUAGACUGUACAUGCCAUGUUCAACAGUUGUUUGACUAUACACCUCAAGUGUAAGACUAUUUACAUACUAUUUACAUGUUAUGUUCAACAUAUGUUUGACUAUACACCUCAAGUGUUAGAAUAUACAUAACAUGUACCCUCUUGUUUAAUAUUCUAAGAUGUACCUCAGCUAAAGGUAUCGCAGAUGUAAACGUGUUUUAGAUACACUGGAAAAUUCAUUUCAAUAUUUAUUUAUCAAGCAUUUACAGUAUAUCAUUUUAGCAAAGGUAUGAUUUGUAGGGAUGUUCCUUUUGAAGAACAUCUUUUUGUGAGGAUAUCUUUUUUAUCCAUUUUCUCCAUAAAUGAAUGGCCAUGCAUGAGGGUAUUCAUCUCUUUUAAAUGCUAACCUCUUGAUGACCAAGAGUGACAAGACCUUGAAACUCAGAGUGACGAGAAAAUCUAUCACAAUUUUUGCACUAAAAUUGCU